AUGAACGAUCAGCAGGCGGGCGUGGGCAACGACCGCACGCAGCAGUCCCUCCAAGAGGCCAUCAACCAGCGCCUCGUCGAGACCGGCGAGCGCGAGCGCCUGAAGCAGCUCCUGCGCGAGCGCCUCAUCGAGUGCGGGUGGCGCGACGAACUCAAGGAGCGGUGCAAGAGGGUCGUCAAGGAGCGCGGGUUCGAGAACGUGACCGCGGACGAGCUCGCGAGGGAGAUCGCGCCGCUCGGCCGAGCCACCGUGCCCGACGCGGUCAAGGCGGAGCUCCUCAAGAACAUCCGCACCUUCCUCAAGUGA